AUGGCACUUCUCAGUCGAGCCUCCUCACGCUUCCCUCAACUGCACUCCCAUCAACGGGUACUCUCCAUCCACACAACCCUCCCAUCUCUCAACGCAUCCACGCCCACGCCCACACCAUAUGCUCCGCCACCGCCUCCAUCCGUUUCCUCUCCCGUCGGGGUCUCCAAGGCGCCCGAGUUCGUCAUCUCUAAGGUCGACGAUCUGUUGAACUGGGCCCGCCGCGGCUCCAUCUGGCCCAUGACCUUCGGCCUCGCCUGCUGCGCCGUCGAAAUGAUGCACACCGGCGCCGCCCGCUACGAUCUCGACCGUUUCGGCAUCAUUUUCAGGCCCAGCCCUCGCCAGUCUGACUGCAUGAUCGUCGCCGGCACUCUCACGAACAAGAUGGCUCCCGCUCUUCGCAAGGUUUAUGACCAAAUGCCUGAACCUAGAUGGGUCAUCUCAAUGGGAAGUUGUGCUAACGGAGGAGGAUACUACCACUACUCUUACUCCGUGGUUCGGGGAUGUGACAGAAUUGUUCCUGUUGACAUAUAUAUUCCAGGCUGCCCUCCAACUGCUGAAGCCUUGCUGUAUGGACUCCUCCAACUGCAGAAAAAGAUCAAUAGGCGCAAAGACUUCCUCCAUUGGUGGACAAAGUGA